AUUUCUAACCUGUUCAUUUCCCUCAUCUCACUCUCUUUCUUUAAAGACCACACUCGCUUGAACACAGACAACCCAAAUGAAGUCAUCAGACAGAAUCGCCCUGCUCCUAGCAGCGGCAGCAGCAGCAGCAGGCCCGGCAGCAGCCUUUACAAACACCAAAGUCGACUUCUUCAUGCGCAAGAAUAUCGACCCUAUCGUCAUUCCGGGCCAGUACAAGAGCCACAUGCACAGCUUCUUUGGCAGCGACGCGGUCAAGGUGAAUAUGAGCUCGACGGCCGAGUUGCAAAAGGGGUGUUCUACGGCGCAGAAUCCGAAUGAUUUUUCUGUUUAUUGGAUCCCGACCCUCUACCACGUCCAAGGCGAAACCCGAACACCCAUCGAGCCAGUCUCCUUUGUAGCCUACUACAACUUUGACAAGGACCCGGCCGAGGUGCCCAUCCCGCCCGACUUUUCCGUGGUAGCGGGCAACUCCAAGGCCGCCACCGAAGCGGACCUGGUCCCCGGCGCCGACGUGACCUGGCUCUGCCAGAACCAGGCGUUCGACGCGGGCGGGAAAGACCACGCGCAGUUCCCGCAGGAGACGUGCUCGACUUCGUUGCAGGCCGUGUUGUGGUUCCCGGACUGCGUUGACGAGACGACGCUCCGAUCCGCCUACUCUGAUAAGAAGAGCGGGACGUGUGCGGCGGGGAUGAAGAGGAUGCCGCAGUUGCGGUUUAGUAUUCGGUAUGAUACGAAAAAGGCGGUGCCGGAGGGGUGGAAGGGUGGGGAUCCGCCUAUUGAGCUUGCGUGUGGCGGGAGUCGGUGUCUUCAUGGGGAUUUUGUGAAUGGGUGGCUGGAGGAGGCGGCCAAGGCUAUGGUUACGGGGUUGAAGAGCAAGAGGGAGUUUGAGGCUGUUGAUGGGCCGAAUGGGAAGGCUAGGGCGGGGAGUGUUUGUGAGAGGGAGGCGAGGGAUGCGGAUCCGGGGAAUGGGACGGGGGAUUGGGCGGAGAGUGUGAAGUUGAUGGGCGGGAAGAGGAGGAGGAGGAGGGGACUGGUAAGGAGGAUGGGGUUGUGAGGUUUGGGUUGGGUUGUUUGCUUUCGCCCCUUUUGCGGAGGAUGGGAUAGCAGGAUAUGGCCUGGCGUGAGGACCAGGGCUUGGAUUGUUCGGUCUUGGCUGAAUGAAA